GUAUACAAGGCAUUGUCUAUAGCAGUGAGUGCAUAUCAAGGCUGCCCGUGGCCCCUUCAUUUCAACAGCAUUCUGGAAUAGUGGUGCCAGGCCAGGAGGGGGACACGUUGCCCCUGAAGCUCCUAGAAGAAAAACAGGAUAGGAAGGGAGCAAUUGCAGAAGUCUUCAUAUUUCUAGAAGGAAGGACUGCAGAAGACAUUUUUGCCCCAGGGAGGCAGGGAUAGAAGCUACAGAAACGAUGAGCGCCCUUGGGGCCAAUGGGCAGUCACCUCUAGGGUCUGACUCCAGAAGCUGUGGAAUUCAGAUCUUCUCAUCCCUCCUGGGCCCUGGGCCCAAUGCUCCCAGCAAGUAGAACAUCUCCUAUCUCGGCUUUAGCCUUCCUUCCUGGUCCAUACAAGAAUCAAGCUUAGGAGAAGAAGAGAAAAAGCCCAAUCAUUUUGGAGUUGGGAAGAGGCUAGAACAUGGCUCCUGAUUCUGUGACCUUGAGCUUCAUAGAGGAACUGAAAGACUCCUCUAUAAAAAGGUUCAUAUGAUGGCAAGUUGAUGCUGGGAAACAAGGGAAAAAUCGGACAGACUCUUGCAAGAGCCAUAAAUAAUGUGUGAUUAUACAGCAGCAAUUAUCUACAGAUAAGAAGACGGAGGCAGAGGGAGGUUAAGUAAUUUGCUUGAAGCCAAAGAAUGAGUAAGUAACCGAGAUGGGCUCCAGAUUCCGUUGCUCUUAACCAUCUGCCACGGAGAAGGCGGAAUGAAACCAUUUCAAAGAAUGCCUAACUCCUUGCUUUGGGGAAAUAAUAGUGUUUUCAUGGCAUCUACACUCUGAACAGUUUUCCUCUCUGUACCAAGCCAGGAACUAGUGCCAGCCACCCUUCCAGGCGUCUUCAUUACUCCCUCCCCUCCCAGUCUAGCGUCAGGAUCUUCACUUCUGUCCACCGGUCCGAGUCUUCAGUGUUUGGAAGUAACAGCAAAGUUGCCUGCGUUCCCCAGGUGGAGUGGUUCUAAAUUUCUGGCGGCCAGUGGGAGCCGAGCAGCAGCGGAUUCAGCCCAAAGAGGCUCAAGGCUGAGCCAUGGGAGGGGCCAGCGAAGGGGGCGGGAACUGAACCCCGGCGGACUUGACUACAGUGUGCGGCGCCGGCUGCUCAGAGCGGAGCCAUGAGCUGGACCUGUCCGCGUUGCCAGCAACCCGUUUUCUUUGCAGAGAAGGUGAGCUCCCUGGGCAAGAACUGGCACCCAUUCUGUCUGAAAUGUGAGCGCUGCCACAGCGUCCUGUCCCCAGGAGGGCAUGCAGAGCACAACGGAAGGCCGUAUUGCCACAAGCCAUGCUAUGGGGCUCUCUUUGGACCCAGGGGGGUGAACAUUGGUGGUGUGGGCUCCUACCUCUACAAAUCCCCCACCCCCACCCCUGCCAGUGCUACUCCCCUUAGCCCCAGCGGGUUCAGCCCCCCCAGGCCCAGGACUGGCCUCCCCCAGGGCAAGAAAAGCCCUCCCCACAUGAAGACGUUCACUGGGGAGACCUCGCUGUGCCCAGGCUGUAAGGAACCCGUCUAUUUCGCUGAGAAGGUGAUGUCUUUGGGCAGAAAUUGGCACCGACCCUGUCUGAGGUGCCAGCGGUGCCGGAAGACCCUGACUGCUGGGAGUCAUGCUGAGCAUGACGGCGUCCCCUACUGCCACAUCCCCUGCUAUGGCUACCUGUUUGGCCCCAAAGGUGUGAACAUUGGUGAUGUGGGCUGCUACAUCUAUGACCCCGUGGAGAUAAAAUCCAAAUGAGAUGCUCAUAGCAGAGGUCACCCUAACUCAGGCCUCCCAUCAUCCUCUCCAUGGUCCAAUGGAAGCUACAGAAUUCUCUAGUCCCAUGAGGGUAGGAGAAGGUGGGAUUCUGGCGGCCUGGGCCUAGGCUCCAUGGUAGACCAGAGUCUAGACUUUCUCUGCCAACUCCUCCCUUUCCCAUUCCUAUCUGGUCAGGGAACAUAGGCCACCCCAUUU